AUGACCCAAACUCUCAAGCUCGCUUCUAGGGUAUUUCAUCGGGUCCUCUGGGCUCCUGACCUGGGUGCCUCAUUGGGCUCGAGAGGCUCCGACUCAGCACCGCGGAAUUUGGCUGACAUCCCAGGGCCCUCCACACCAGGUUUCCUAGCCGAACUCUUCUGCAAGGGGGGAUUUUCACGGCUACACGAGCUGCAGGUGCAGGGCGCCAAGCACUUCGGGCCCGUGUGGUCGGCCAGCUUCGGGACAGUGCGCACAGUCUACGUGGCCGCUCCUGAGCUGAUUGAGCAGUUGCUGCGACAAGAGGGACCUCGACCCGAGCGCUGCAGCUUCUCACCUUGGACGGAGCACCGACGCUUGCGCCAGCGAGCUUGCGGGCUACUCACUGCAGACGGCGAAGAAUGGCAGCGGCUCCGCAGCCUUCUGGCUCCGCUCCUUCUCCGGCCUCAGUCGGCGGCCCGCUAUGCGGGGACCCUGGACAACGUGGUCGGCGACCUCGUGAGGCGACUGCGGUGCCAGCGGGGUCUGGGCGCGGGGCCCCCCGCCCUGGUUCGGGACGUGGCGGGAGAGUUCUAUAAGUUCGGACUAGAAGGCAUCGCCGCCGUGCUGCUGGGCUCGCGCCUCGGCUGCCUGGAGGCCCAAGUGCCGCGGGACACGGAGACCUUCAUCCGCGCCGUGGGCUCUGUGUUUGUGUCCACGCUGCUAACCAUGGCGAUGCCCAGCUGGCUGCACCGCCUGGUUCCCGGGCCCUGGGACCGCCUCUGCCGGGACUGGGACCAGAUGUUUGCAUUUGCCCAGCAGCACGUGGAACAGCGAGAGGCUGAGGUGGCCACGAGGAACCAGGAAGGGCCUGAGGGAGACAUGGGACGCAGAGCACAUCUGACCUACUUCUUAUUCCGAGAAAAACUGCCAGCCCCGUCCAUCCUCGGGAAUGUGACAGAACUGCUACUGGCAGGAGUGGACACGGUGUCCAACACUCUCUCUUGGGCUCUGUAUGAGCUCUCUCGGCAUCCGGAAGUCCAGACAGCGCUCCACUCGGAGAUCGUUACUGCCCUGGGUCCCAGCUCAUGUGCCCACCCCUCAGCCACUGCUCUGUCCCAGCUGCCCCUGCUGAAGGCUGUGAUCAAGGAGGUGCUGAGACUAUACCCCGUGGUACCUGGGAAUUCCCGUGUCCCAGACAAAGAUAUUCGUGUGGGUGAUUACAUUAUUCCAAAAAAUACACUGGUCACUCUGUGUCACUAUUGCACUUCUCGAGACCCUGCCCAGUUUCCAGAACCAGAUUCUUUUCAUCCAGCUCGCUGGCUGGGGGAGGACCCAGCCCCCCACCCCUUUGCCUCUCUCCCCUUUGGGUUUGGCAAACGAAGUUGUAUGGGGAGGCGCCUGGCAGAGCUUGAGCUGCAAAUGGCUUUAGUUCAGAUCUUGAUGCACUUUGAGGUUCGGCCUGAGCCGGGUGCUGCCCCAAUCAGACCGAAGACCCGGACCGUCCUGGUACCUGAGAGGAGCAUCAACCUACAGUUUAUAGACAGAUAG